GAAGAAGUGACCAAGAAUCAUGGAGGAGGAAGGUGCAGCGAAUUCUGCAGAAAAUCAAGAAAACUUAAAAUCAGUCGAGUCUCAGUUCUCCCAGGACCUCAGAGGGGCUCUAAUCACGACUGUCCUAAACAUAGAGACACUGGAUGUAGACUUUUACAGGGGAACGCAUCUUUGGGUUCCCAAAACCCAGCGCUUGUUUGGAGGUCAAAUAAUUGGCCAGGCUCUUGUGGCAGCAGCAAAAUCAGUCAAUGACAGUCUCUAUGCCCAUUCUCUCCAUUGCUACUUUGUACGAGCAGGUGACCCCAAGGUGCCGGUGCUGUACAAAGUGGACCGCACAAGAGAUGGUCGCAGUUUUUCUGUCCGCUCUGUCAAAGCAAUUCAACAUGGACAGCCCAUCUUCAUCUGCCAGGCCUCUUUCCACCUUCUGCAGCCCAGUCCUGUUGAGCAUCAGUUCACCAUGCCUAUAGUGCCUCCACCAGAAGACCUCCCAACUAUAGAGGAGCUAAUCCAACAUUAUUUGAACAAGCCAGAUCUUACAGAAAACCUUAAACGGGGUCUUAACAAACUGCUAGCGAGUGAGGUUCCCAUUGAAAUAAAACCUGUCAGUCCACCAACAUUUAACAGAGCUUUUGUAACCGAGCCAAAGAUGAUAUUUUGGGUGAGAGCUCGGGGAUUUAUAGGGGAAGGAAACAUGAAACUGCAUUGCUGUGUCGCUGCAUAUGUAUCAGACUACGCUUUUCUGAGCACUGCCCUCCUGCCAUAUCCUAACCACAGGGCCAUAUUCUCUGCCUCCCUGGACCAUGCCAUGUGGUUUCACAACAUUUUCCGCAGUGAUGAGUGGAUGCUCUAUGAGUGUGAAAGCCCAUGGGCAGGAGGCAGUCGUGGGCUGGUCCAAGGCAGAAUGUGGAGGAAAGAUGGGGUUCUGGCAGCCUCAUGCUCACAAGAAGGUGUUCUCAGAGUGAAACCAGCAAAACUGAGCAACAAACUGUUUAUGGCUUUACAGCUACAAGAGAACACAAAUAAUGGAUAAAGAUCAGCAUAACACUGUGAUCUUUAAUGCUUCGAAGAGGG